AUGGCCGCGAUGUCAGUUAUAGGUAUCGAUUUCGGUAAUGAAUCGUGCUAUGUUGCUGUAGCAAAAGCAGGUGGUAUUGAGACAAUAACUAACGACUACAGUCUGAGGGGGACCCCAUCAUGUGUAGCUUUUUCACCAAAGAACCGAAUAUUAGGAGUAGCUGCAAAAAAUCAAAUGGUUACAAAUAUGAAAAACACUGUGUUCGGCUUCAAGAGACUUUUAGGUAGAAAAUUCUCAGAUCCACAUGUUCAGAAGGAAUUAAAACACUUUCCUUUCAAAGUUGAACAAAGACCUGAUGGUGGCAUAGGCAUCAGGGUUAACUAUCUCGGUGAAGAUAAUGUGUUUAGCCCAGAACAAAUUACAGCAAUGCUGUUUACAAAACUGAAAGACUGUGCUACCACAGCACUUCAAACGCAAAUUAAUGAUUGCGUUAUAUCAGUACCAAGUUACUUCACCAAUGCGGAGAGAUCUGCUCUAUUAGAUGCUGCUGCUAUAGCUGGACUCAAUGUGCUGCGUCUCAUGAAUGAAACAACCGCCACUGCUUUGGCAUAUGGUAUUUACAAGCAAGACCUACCAGCUCCAGAAGAUAAGCCUAGGAAUGUUGUUUUUGUUGACUUUGGCCAUAGUGCUCUGCAGGUAGCUGCAUGUGCAUUCAACAAGGGUAAGCUGCGUGUGCUGGCCACAUCAUCAGACCCCAAUUGUGGAGGUCGAGAUAUUGAUAUGGCCCUGGCAGAAUACUUUUGCCAGGACUUUGUUAGCAGGCUGAAGUUGGAUGCUAGAAAGAAUCAGAGAGCCUUUUUGCGUCUGCUACAGGAGGUGGAAAAACUAAAGAAGCAAAUGUCAGCAAACAGUACUCGCCUGCCGUUGAACAUUGAGUGUUUCAUGGAAGAACGUGAUGUGUCUGGUGAUAUGCAGAGACAGCAGAUGGAACAGAUCUGUGCUGAUACAUUUAACAGAGUAGAGAGAACUUUGAGAGGGAUCCUGCACAACGCUAAAUUGAGGCCAGAAGAUAUUCAUUCUGUGGAGAUUGUUGGAGGUUCUACCAGAAUUCCUGCUGUUAAGGCAUUGAUAGAGCAAGUAUUUGGAAAACAAGGUUCAACCACUCUUAAUCAGGACGAGGCGGUGUCUCGCGGCUGCGCACUCCAGUGCGCUAUGCUGAGCCCCGCGGUCCGCGUGCGUGAGUUCAGCGUGGCCGACGCUCAGCCCUACGGAGUGAGACUGGCGUGGGACGCGGCUCGGGGCGAGGACGGGGACAUGGAGGUUUUCCCGGCUUUCCAUGCCGCCCCAUUCUCCAAGAUGCUUACUUUCUACCGAAGAGAACCCUUCUCUGUCAGCGCUUACUAUUCGGAUCAGGUUCCGUACCCCGAUACACUGAUCGGUCAGUGGAACAUCAAGGACGUGCAGCCGACCGCUGAAGGCGAAUCACAAAAAGUGAAACUAAAAGUGCGAGUCAACAUCCACGGUAUCAUAACCGUCGCGUCCGCGUCACUGCUGGAGAAGAAACAGGACUCGGCUCAGAACGAAAACGUGGAAAUGGAAAACGCGAACGAGAACGUUCAGGGUCAGGAAGCACCGAUGGAGACGAACGGCCAGGAACAGAACGGUCUGGACAACCAAGAGGUGAGGGAAGGAGGCGGGGAGGGCGAGCAGCACAAACAAACGUGGACACAGAGAGUAGGCCAGUGGUUCAGCGGGGAUAAAUCCAAGGAUAAGGCAAAGAAGGUCCUCGUGAAAACCAUCGAAUUGCCAAUCGAAUCGCGAACUCACGGUUUUGCUCAACACGAACUUAACACUUAUAUGGAACAAGAGGGUAAAAUGCAAGCUCAGGACCGUCAGGAGAAAGAGCGCGCGGAUGCUCGUAACGCUCUCGAAGAAUAUGUGUACGAGCUGAGAGGAAAACUGUCGGAGGGCGAAGUCCUACACGACUUUGUAGCGGAGGAUCAGAGGAACAAGCUGGUGAACACUCUGGACGCACUGGAACAGUGGCUUUACGAUGAAGGAGAGGAUCAGAACAGACAGGUUUACAGUGACAAACUCAGUGAAUUAAAAACGGAAGGUGAGCCGAUCAAACAACGCCGAUUGGAGUUCGAGCUUCGUCCGGGGGCGAUGGACGACUUCGCUCUAGCGAUACAACUAACGAACAAGGCGAUAGAUCUGUACAGAUCCGGUGACGCGAAGUAUUGUCACCUAUCGGAGGCGGACAUACAGAAGGUGUGUGAGGCGUGCGGUAACGCGUUUCAGUGGCUGGAGGCGGCUCGCGGGGCGCUGGCGCACGCUCCCAGACACGUGCAGCCUCCACACACCACGCAACAGAUACGACAGGAGAGACAGAAUUUCGAGAGCAUUGUCAACCCAAUUCUCAAUAAGCCGAAACCUAAAGAGAAGACUCCUCCCCCGGCCAACCCCACCGGAGACGGACAACCGGAAAACAACCAAGAACAGAUGGAUGUGGAAUGA